GCACUCCCAUGGUUGAAGGCAGUCGGGUUGGUUCGAGUUUGAGCUGACGGCGGACGUGCUCGCCUCUCCUCCGGCUCUCCCUCCGCAUUCCAUUCCACCGCAUUACCGGUAUUUUUAGCCGCGGCCAGGAGAGGGAGGUAGCGUGGAGAGGGGGGAAACCGGAGCUCCUGGCCGUUCCUCUCCCCUCACGGGCGGCCUCCGUCUGUUCCAUCCAGCCACCGCCCCGCCCCGGUCGCCCCCCGUCCAGAUCCCUCUCCUGCAAAACUUCUUUGCGGAAGGCCGGAGAAGAUGAUGGGCGGGUUCCUCUCCAGGGUCCUUCUGUUGGCCUUUGGCUACGCCUAUCCUGCCUAUGAAUGCUACAAGACUGUUGAACUGAACAAACCAGAGAUUGAGCAGCUCAUAUUUUGGUGUCAGUAUUGGAUUUUAGUUGCACUGUUGACUGUUCUUGAGAGAUUCGGAGAUUUUACAAUAUCAUGGCUACCAUUUUACUCAGAAGCAAAGCUGAUGUUCUUUGUAUACUUGUGGUACCCAAAGACAAAGGGAACUACAUACAUUUAUGGUACUUUCUUUAGGCCAUAUAUUUCUCAGCAUGAGAAUGAAAUCGAUCGCAAUCUGCUUGAGUUGAGAGCUCGAGCCACCGAUACGGUUGUCCUUUAUUUCCAGAAGGCUGCUUCUAAAGGACAGAAUACUUUCUUUGAUGUUUUGAAAUAUGUUGCCGCCCAGUCACCUUCUCAGAAAUCAAGGCAGCCCCCUCACCAGGAACCACAACAGCCACAACAGCAUCAACCACAAGUGCAGCAGCAGCAACCACAAAAACAAGCAGCACCUGUUAUGCGCAGAGCAGCAUCAAUCGCUGCUCGGCAAGCAGCAAUGGCACAGCAAUCUCAGGAGACCAAACCCGUUCCAUCUUCCCCGAAGAUCAAGCGUCAAGCAUCAGCGAAAUCUAGUUCAGUGGCAUCGACAAAGCCCGUCACAUCUGCAUCCACACCAAAAUCUGGUGGUAGCCCAAAGAAAAGUGAGUCGAAACCUGCCAUUGAGCCUGUGCGAACUCCAGCCACAAGCGCUGAUUCACCAAAAUCCGAGCCUAGUGCCAAACUACUCCCUGAAGCCGAAGAGGUGGACAAGAUGGCCAUCGAUGAGGCCGGUGGUGACGCUGCUGAGGGCACAGAUGAGCUCGACCCUUCGCUCGAUGAGUCGCCAAUGGAGGAGACGAUCCGUGUUACGCGUGCCAAGCUAAGGAGGCGCACCACCCCUGAGGACCCUGCUGGGAAUUAGCUGCAAGCCAUUGUUCUCCUUGCACAUUGUGUUGGUCCUUCACGAGGUUUAGGUUGUCCUGUUUGGUGGAGUGACAAUGUGUUGUAGUUCACCUGGUUAUUCUGUUCCAGAGUUGAUUAUCAUCUUUUCUGUGCUGUUUUGGUGGUUUUUCAUGUGCGCUUUAAGCUGUAAAUAGCGCUGUCUCCCGGCAUGUGUACAUAGAUUGGUGGCGUGGGCAAGGAAUGCCUGUAUUUCAAACAAGUUUUCAUCUGCUGGCCAUUCCCUAUGUGUCUUCAGAUGUCUCGUUUAGCGCAGUUUUCAUCUGCUGGGGCAAACAAGAGCAGUUGUGUCUCUUCUCUGACA